CGCGCUACGCUUCACUCGCCUGCCCGUACUUCACCGAAAUGUAUAAACAAAGUUACGAUUUACCGCGGGGAAAUAAACGCUAAUAAAUUUUAAAAAAAUAUAUCGAAAAAUAUAUACAGUGGUGACUUAAGCAUCUAAAUGUGACUUUUGAAGUUAUACUUAGUUAAAAAUAAAAUAAAUGAAAUUAAUUAUGAUUCUACGCUGUAAUACGGCACAUGGAGCGCAAGACAGUUAAAACAAAAAAUGAAGAGAUUUAUUGUCGCUCUUUAUUAUAUUUUUUUCGUGUUUCCCACAGUGUCAAUUUGCCUUCGCGUAGUGGGGAUAUCAGUACCAAGCCUCAAACAAAGAGGCGAAUCGGUGACCCUAACAUGUGAUUACGACCUAGAGGGAGGUAAACUGUACUCGGUGAAAUGGUACCGGGAUAAUGAGGAGUUCUACCGGUACAUGCCACGGCUGCGACCCCCACAGCACGCUCAUAAACUUGACGGAGUGAAGGUCGAUCUAGAAAAGUCGAGCGCUCGGCGAGUACAUCUCCGAGAUCUGACGCUGAAAUCCAGAGGAAUAUACCGGUGCGAGGUGUCAGAAGAGGCGCCUUCCUUUCACUCCGCACAGGCCGAGACUUUCAUGGAAAUUUAUUAUUUUCCUCGAGAAAAUCCACGUAUAGUGGGACACGAGCGACCGUACGUCCUUCACGAGCCACUGGAUGUCAACUGUUCUUCUGCUAAGGCGUUUCCACCUCCCGAUCUCCAAUGGCAGAUAAACGGACAAAAGGUUACUGAACCGUCGUGGUUGACAACCUUCGACGCGAAGCCUGCUGCGCAAGGGCUGAUGGUCUCCACGCUGGGUCUGCGAGCGCCCGCCAAACCUCUCAUGAAGAUACGAUGCGUUGCUACCAUCGGGACACAUAGACGUGAAAGAACUGUUUUAAUAGAGACAAGUUCUGCAAAUCGAAGAAAAACGAGUUUUCAUCUAACAUUAGUACUACUUAGCUGUAUUCUUAAGAUUUGUGAAAUAAUAUCGUGAUAUUCUCGACUGUAAAUAAAUUAUUGUUUUCAU